AUUUUGCUCUUGGUUGCACAGCAGGGCAGGGCCACACAGUCACUGAAGAACUGCUGCAGCAGGACAUGAUGGUGCUUUGAGGACUACGCUACCAUAAAAUCCACCAUGAAUUUCAAUGGACUUCAACGCCAGAGCAGCCAAGAGAACUACAUUCUGGAUAAUACUUCAAGGAAGAAAAGUUCGCUGUGGUACCGGCGUUCACUGAGGGGAAACAAUGAUCGACACCGGCAGAACACAGGCUCUCUGCCCAGAGCACACAAGCACAAACAAAGCCUCUCCAACUCACUGGUUGAUUACUCUGACCCACAAAGGACCACGAUUGUACUGGAAAAGCAAGACAAUGAAACAUUUGGUUUUGAAAUUCAGACCUAUGGCCUGCAGCUGAAGGACAGCUCUGCAGUGGAGAUGUGCACGUUUGUGCGCAAGGUGCAGGAGGACAGCGCUGCUGAGUGUGCUGGGCUGACAGCAGGAGAUAUUAUCAUCACUAUCAACGGGGUCAGCAUUGAAGGAUCAUCUCAUCAGCACAUACUUGAUCUGAUAAGAGAAUCAACCAACAGUCUAAAGAUGGAGACUGUGUGUGGUAAUGUGGUGAAGCAGAUAGAGCUGGAGAAGAAGAUGAACCUGCUUAAGCAAUCACUACGCGAGAAAUUGAUGGAGCUGCAAGCACUUACAUUACAGGAAAAACGCCUAAUGCGAGGCAGCUUGAACAACAGCAGCAUCCACCUCUCAAUGGACUGUUCAUCAAUUCUGGGCUCCCCAAAAGGCCGCUGUGGCCGGCGGUUUUCUAGUGACAGUAGCUACAGGAGCGUGAUGACAGACGACAGUGACCAGGCCAGUGUGUUUGGGGAUCUGAACUCUCCCAGGCCCUGCAGUGCAGCCAGCACCACAGACGACGGCUGCUUCUUCUCCAGAGAUUUUCCUUCACAGGACAGCUCCAGCAGGUUUUCAUCGACUUCCAGCCACCAUCAUCAAUCACUCAGCCGCUCCAGCAGCUCCAGUUUGGCUGGCAGCAGCAGCUCCCUCUCUCCUUCCUGGGAGGAAACAAGGAUCUCCUCCUUGUUUGGUACCCUGCCCCGUAAAAGCAGGAGAGCCAGUGUUCGCAAACACAUCUUCAAGUUAAUUCCUGGACUCCAGCGAUCAGUUGAAGAGGAGGAGACAGGAACAAACACUUAGUGACAUGUUUCUCAUGCUCUGAACAAGUUGCAGAUUUACAGAAGACACUGUAAUGUGUUUCCCCAGACUUGAAAGGCUGGGUUAACCCUUUAAAAAAUAAUGCUAAACAUUUGCUUUUAAGGGAGCACAGAGAUGACAGACAUUGUGGCACUUGGCAUUUGUUAAUGUCAAAGUUUACUCAAGAGAGUCCUGAGACUUUAAGGUGAGCGUUGCUCACUGUUUGGCUUAGACUUAUGGUGGCACAAAAGCAUUAUGAAAAUGUAAAAUAUUCUCUGUUUGAACAAGUGUUUGAAUGAAUGUAUGCAUACAAGAUUGCAAUGUACAUUAGAUAAGAUUAUGUAUCCUACUAGCUUGAAUGAAGAACUGUUUGUUCCCUUGCCACAGUGUGAUCAGCAUUAAUCAUAUCAGUCUGAACUGCAGUAGCUGUAUUCAUGUAGCACCUUAAAUUUUAAAAUGAGACUACUGUGAUCUAAAUGAAUAUGAGAACCAUUCACUUUUCAAGUCAGAUAAACAUUUAAAUGGUACUUCUCUCACAUUCAGGUGCUGAAAAUCAAAACCAAAGCGCUACAUUGUAUAGAUGGCUGCUCAGCUCAAAACAGGAUGUGGGUACGAGAGGUACUACUUAACUAUUUCAUUUCCAAAAUUAUUUUCAGGCUGUACACAACUUGCUUGAACACUGAAACUGUUCAUGGUACAUUCUGAAUGUAUUGAAAAGUGUAUGUUUUAUUGUAGUGGCAAGAAAAUCCAUCUAUUUUAGAGAAUGUCAUGCUUUUUUGGGUCUCAAAUCCAGAUUAUAUGUAUGCAUAAAACUUUUUUUAAAUAAUAAACUUCUGAAGCCUUACAAACCCACCAGUGUUUUCCUCCAAUUAGCAGAUAACAAUGCACCCUCAUUCUAAAUUUUCAAUUUCAGUAGGAAAGGUGUGACUUAAAGAGUGAGUGGUAUCUUCAACCAAGUCCAGUUGCCCUUGAUUUUAACCUUCGUUGGAUAACUAUGACCUGGAUGACUGAGAAUUUUCAUAGAUACAUUGAAGAUUGCUGUGAUGAUGCAGAUAUUACACACAAUUUACUCGUAAACAGAA